AUCCGGGUGUCUUGUGUUAUUUCCGGGUGCUACAGCUUAUUUGAUGCGCCCAAUGGAAUCGCUUACUGGAACAUUUGCAACCUACGAAGCCCGAUUUCGUUUAUAUUCGCUGGCGCACCGACCGACGUUCCUUUUGGCGACGCGACGUACCAUUUUAUCGCUCCGUUCGGUAUUAACAACUGGCGACGUUUAGGGGUUUCCUUCGUUCCGAGCGUAGUCCGGUGUAUCUACCGGUGAUCCCAAUCCAGCAGCAGCACACACACACAUUCUCUGGCGUGUGCCUGAUCCUAGAGCCAUAUUGAUUAGACAAAACAGCUGCGAACGCCGUAGAUCUAAGCAACUUCACAGCAUCAACGUCACGAUGAGGAUGGCGACGGAUGCUCCCACCGCUGCACCGUCUCGUACGGAGAUGUCCAGUGCACCGUCCGAAGCCGACGUCGAAACCUUACUCUCGCAACGGUUACUCCAAGGUUUUUUGUUGUUGGAGCAACCUUGCCCCGUGUGUGCGACGCCACUCGUCCGACAAGAGGACCCGUUGCCGUCCGACGACAAUGCAUCGGCAGUUUCUGCCAUUGAACCCAUCCAGGGUGUCCCAUUUUGUGUAUGUUGUCGGGCGCAUGUCGUCACGCAAGAAUCGGAAAUUGCUCUGCUCUCUGGCGAUUCGGUCGACGAAAAUGAAUCAGGCGUGGGGCACAAACCCCGUCCCGUCAAGGGUAGUAUUUUGGUGGCUGUUCCUUCCCACUCCGUUACCCCGCCCGUUGCCAGCCAGGGUGGUCAACGUGACCAAGGUGACGAUUUCGAGGAAGACUUUCUCGAAAUACUGACGGAAAAUGACAGUACAAUCGCCACCGUGGAAGAUGUGAAGGAAACGAAGCCGCAAUCGAUUGAAAGACCUCACGUUGCUCCCGAACCUCACACAAAGCCGUCGCCCCCCACUGGUCGAAGCGUGGACAGUUCCACCCAGGCCACUGCCAAAGUCUCUCAAGUCGUGUUAGACGACCUGAACGAAGACUCUAUUGAACUGGUCCGGCAGCCAACCAUGGCAAGUGUCCAAGGAGAAAUCGACCGGGAUGAUGAAAUCGUCUGUACAACAGAUGAUCAGGACAAAGAGAUUCUUGAAAUUGAAGUCAUCACCAAAGUUCAUUCCAUGCUGGAUGCCAUGGAGGAGUUGACCGUCGAUGGCUCGUAUAUGGCUGGUUCAGUUUACAAUAGUGAAGAUGAGCAUCACGGUGACGAGAAUGGGGAAGAGACAGAGUUUAUCGUCGGUCUCCAGAAAGAAAAAGAAAUGUCCGCUGGCGUCACAACCGAGGACGCAAAAUCGUCCAAUACCUCGGACAAGUCUGGGAAGCCAAGCAGAGAAUCCUUGUCACCUUCAGCCCGAAUUGCGCAACGUAACCUCCUUGACUCACGUCACCUCGUUUCGGAAGAAGAUCGACCCUACUGGCCCGACUACGCGGAACGACGCCAAAUCGCGACCAAAAUUCUGGCGGACAAAAUGAUGGAGGGUCUGGAAUUGCGCGAAGAACAGUGCCAACGCUGUAGCAUGCCGAUCAUGAACGAGGGGCAGUCUGAUAGCUCAGGCUUCUGUACCGUCUGCCCAGUGCUCGACGAAAAUAUGGCCACGAAGAGGCUGGAGGAUGAAACACAGGUAGAGCUCGCACGUCGACGAGUCGUCCAAGAGGAAGAAAAGCAGCGACUGGCCCAAAAGAAAUUGGAAUUGGAAAAAUCAAUCGACAUCCAACGCAAGCUGCGGGCCAAAAAGCACUCUAAACUUGACCAAGUCAAGUCUCGAGCAGUGUCUAUGGCGCUGGUUGUAGCAGCUUCCACGACGUCCGUGGAGGUAACGACAGCAAACAACAAGUCAUCUAAAGUGUCGCCUUCUUCUCAAAGCCCGAGCUCCGUUGAAACCCCUGCCCUCUGUCCAAAACAAGAAAAAGAUGAGGCCUCCAAAGCUGCAAUGGAUUCAGUCGAUGCUCCCCAGGAAGAGCGUCAAGGCCAAAACUCAAAAGCUGCCGACAACAUUGAAAAGGACGAAGAGUCAACAUUGCAACAAGCGAAGACCACGGGCGCUCAGUCAAUCUCGACGAAUCCGACGGCUGUGUCUACCUUAGUCCAAGCAAAUACCAUGUCUGACAUCCACACGCCUAAGCUGAUGGAGCUCAAUGUGAAAACGGUCGAAGUACCUGAUGUGUCAAUGCAGCGCUCAGUCGUUACAAGAGAUUUGCAGCCAGCAGAUUGCGUGGAAGCAACGUUGGGUCCCCUAAAGUUUCUCGACUCAGACCAUUUCUCCGUCAUUCCACCAUUGCCUCUCCAAAAAAUGAAAGUAGAGAAGGAAGCUGCUCACUUAUUGCGUGAAGUAGGCAAAGCGGAAGAGGCAAAACGGGAGUCACUCCGUGUGCUCGACGAGGCCACCAAAGCGCACACGGAAAAAAAGAAUCGCGCAGUGGAACUUACAGAGGAAAUCGCACGAGAGCAGACACUUGUACUCAAAGAAACGGAGCGCCUGCAACAGCUUGAAGCUCAACAGCUUGAGCAGAAUAGAACCCGUACCAGCAGAUCAGCGUCUAUCAGCAAUAAAGACAACGAAGAACUCAAACUACAAGCAGAAAUUGAGAAAGCAGAGAAAGCACGCGAUGCCGCGGAAUUUGAAAGGCAACGCCUUGCAGAUGAAAAGCAGGCUCUAGAAGAGUCAAAUUUGCUUUCGGAACUAGAAAAAGAUGCCAACAAGAAACAGAGAGAAGCUGAGGAGGCCAUGGGACGCGCAAAGGCUGCGAUCGAGAAGGUAGUUGCUGUCCAGCGCAAAAUAUUUGCGAAGACAAUAGCUGCUGGGGAGGUGUCAGUUGUCGCUGAGGCGGAGAAAAUUUCACGCGCAGAUACAGAAGACUACCACGAGCGAAACAUAAAGCCUUCGGCGUCUGAAGUUUGUCGGGAGCGCUGGGAAACACUCCGGUGCGAAAGCAAGGCCGUCCGAACACGAAGACUAUUGUCAGGCUGGACAACCCUUCCAGAGCUUUGCAGGGGACAGGAAUGCCAGAGCUCGCCUCUUAUCACUAAUUCGGAGGAGAAAGAAUGUGUUGUCUGUGGAGGCUGUGGUAGUGGGCGUGACGGCGCCUACGCUCAAAUGAUCAAUGGCGACGAUGAAAGCGAAGAUGGAUGCUCUCAAAUUAUUCUCCUUCAAGAGACAACGCCUUCCGUUCUCAGCUUUCCUACAGACUUUGCUGGGACUUUCAGUGUCGAAGAACAUACUACUGCUAUCUUGUCGCCAACUCCGAGAAAAUGUGUGGAAGAGAUCCAUAAGGAUUUCGAAAGGAAGCGCAAUGCGGUCAGUAAGGAAAUUGGAAAGAAAAUGCUUCAGGGAUGGAUCUUAUUAGACUUGUCAUGUCCAAAUUGUGUCAUGCCCUUGAUGACUGAUGGAGAUGGAGAAAGAGAGAUUUGUAUCUUGUGCGGGGAUGUGGGUCAAUUUGGCAACUAUGAUGAUAGCACCAAAGCCACAUCGGUGGCAACCACUGUUGAUAAGACGGUGCCGUAUGCUCAAUUAAAUGCGAGUGACAAAAUUGAAGUCAUGUCAUCACGCGACUGCUCUACCGUUGGGUUGAAUACUCUUUCAACAAAAGAAAAUCGGAAGAUCUCAUGCGUGCUGAGUACGCACACUUCACGCGAAGCGGCAGAAAUACCUCGGGCAGCCGUAGAAUCAGCAAAAAAAAAUGCGAAAGGGGCUCAUUCUGUAGAAAGCCAAGUACCUUGUAAAAAUCAGCAGAGUACAGGUGAUGAAGUCAACUCACUUUCUAUCACUGCAAAUUCCGGACCAAAUUACGUAAAGAAAACCGGUAAUGCAGCAAAAACGAGGCUCCCUGCUGUUGUCGAGGAAGAUCGAACAAGUUUAGAGACAUCUCUUUGUCCGAGUAGGUCUCGAAUUGGGAAUGUUGAAUCGAAAUCAGCUCCUGGAAAGGGCAAACUCCAAACUCAUCGCAAAUUGGACCCCUCCCCGAGGAGUAGCUUCAAUCAGAAGAAGCCAAGUCUGAACGCGUGUAAGGAGCCACCAUCUACCAUUAAGUCACCGACUGUUCGUUCCUUUUCGGAUUCGUUCGAGAUGUCGAAACGAAUUCAGGGUAGCCACCAGCGUCGACACCGUAAGGAUCCUGAAGUUUUGGUCACAAGCACAUCUGCUGAAACCAAGGUUGUUGAACCCGCGUCUUCUAUGGACUUGAGUUUGGGCGGCGAUCUAGCAUCCUCUACUAUCGCUUCGCCAAGCAGUAUAAGAAACAAAGCAGGCAGGACACAAUCAGACACCAAGCGGUCAGCUGCAAAUUCCAUAAGUCAUAUAUUGAGUCCGAAGAACCGUCACCGGUCCGAAACUCUUCGUGGAGACCCUCCGGCCAUUCAAGGAUGUUCACUGGGAAGGCGAAACGCGAAAGAAGUUGAAGGUAGACGAGCAGAUGAGCUUCCCACCGAACAUUCAAAAACCACUCAUGAUACGCCAACGUCUGAAGGGGACAGCCAGAGCAAAGUGGAAUGGACCAGAAAAUUGGCAGAAAGUAACGAUGAAAAUCGCGAAAUUGCUGCCGAAGGCACGGAUGACCAUCCUAUUACAGAUGAAGGCCGAUUCGAGACAAACGAGUGUAUUCGAGGGAGCGAAGACAACAACGGUGUACAGCAGAUACCAAUCGACUUCAAUAGGGGUAUCGAGCAGCCUAUUGGAGAUCUCAUUACAGUUGCAAAAGCUCGUCAGCCUUGCUAUACGGAUAUGAGUGUCCGCACUCCAAUGGACGACCAAUCGAGUAAGGGCAUUCCUCUUCACGCGCUACACUUACCAUCACCGGGAAUGACGGCAGCAUCAGCUCCAUACUUGUCACCCACAAGCUACAGAGAAUCUGCACCUGCUUCUGUAGCCCCGACUCUUGGUAGUUUCCGUCCCAGAAUUACUCCCGAAACAUCUAGGAGAGACCGGAAAAGGACACUGCUCUCCGGUCUCCGCCCCGCGUUUCCUUACCAAUCUGGAAUACUCCACAGCAAAGCGAAGCCCCCACAGUCCGAUUUUGUUGUGUAUGGCGGACCGCUUGAGACACCGGAGCUGUUGGUAACUGGGACCAACGCGUCGGUCACGUCCGAAGCGAUCGACACUCUCUUAGCACGGAUUGAAGAGACCAAGGCCCAAUUGGAAGAGCAUCCUGACGGAGACAACUUGGAAAAUCAAAACCGUCUGUCGCAACUUUUAGCAAAUUUGGCUUCGGCAGCCGAAGCCAUGCAGCGGUUCGAUGAGCUAGAAGCUAUUGACAGAUUCGAUGAAAUGACAGAUACCUGGUGUCGUAGCGCGGAACGAAUUUGA